AGUAACCAAAUCUCAUAGCACUGUAUCUAAUAUAUUGUGGUAGUCUGAUAAAAGAGCAUCGAGAUCAAUACACUAAAAAAAAGGAAAAACAAAAAGAAGAUGUCGAUGACUGACGAGCCAAGCGCAGAUUCGUGCAUACAGUUUGCUGAUCGCCUUGGUCUCCAGGCUGCAGCCAAGGGCUCCAACUUUGUUUUCUCGCCGCUUUCGAUUCGAGCUGCACUCAGCCUCGCAGCGGUUGGGUCCAAGGCUGAGACCCUCAACCAAUUCCUCUCGUUCUUGGGUUCGUCCACAGUGGAUGACCUCAGCUCGACCGCUGCUAGGCUCUUGGGAUCGGUUCGGUCGAGUCGGGCCGGUGAUGGUGAAGGAUCCCGGUUGUCGUUUGUGAACGGGAUUUGGGUUGACGGGUCAACGCCUCUGAAGAGCUCGUUUCAGGAGACUGCGGUGUCUGUGUAUGAGGCUGUUGCUGAAUCCGUCGACUUCCAGAACAAGGCUCCUCAAGUGGCAAUGGAAGUGAAUGCUUGGGUUGAAAAAAUAACCAAUGGAAUGGUUAAAAAUCUUCUCCCUAAUGGUUCUGUCAAUGCUUGCACAAGGGUUAUUCUCGCCAAUGCACUCUAUUUCCGAGGGAUUUGGGCUGAAAAUUUUGACAAAUCCAAAACUAUGGACAACAAAUUUCAUCUCCUUGAUGGCAGCGUAGUUCAAGCUCCCUUUAUGACUAGCAGAAAGAAACAAUAUAUCUCUAGUUAUAAAGGCUUCAAAGUACUUAAGCUGCCGUACUCGAAAGACCAAGAAAACAGAAGCUUUUCCUUGCUUGUUUUUCUUCCAAACAAAAUAAAUGGAUUCCAAAAUCUUAUAGAGAUGGCCCUCGCCGAUCCUACCUUCUUUGAUCGCCAUGUUCCGAGAGAAAAGAGUGGGGUUGGCAACUUCAUGAUUCCUAAGUUUAAAAUCUCAUCCGGGUUCGAAGCAUCAAGGGUUCUGAAGAGUCUAGGAUUGGAACUACCCUUUUCAGAGCAAGCAGAUUUCACCGAGAUGUUGGCAGAUUCGUCCUCAAAAUUAUGUGUUUCGAGCGUGUAUCACAAGGUUUCCAUCGAAGUUGAAGAGGAAGGCACCACUGCAGCUGCAGCAACUGGGGUGUUAAUGAUGAAAUGUUGUUAUAUUCCACCAGUAGACUUUGUCGCAGAUCAUCCAUUCAUGUUUGCGAUCAGAGAAGAUGAGACUGGAGCUUUGCUAUUCUUAGGGCAUGUGGCUAAUCCUAUGGUGGAAACUUCUAUGUAAUAGAACGAAAGAGAAGUUAGAAUAUA